AUGUUAGACCCCAAUCAAAAGGAGCGAGUAGUGCGAUCUAACUUUUCAAAGAGGACUGAUUGUGGUGCACUGUUAUGUGUACUUUUUGAGGAUGGAUUUUGGAAGGUGUAUAAGUUUGUCGAGGAGCACAAUCAGGAACUUGUUGAACGUCCUGAUAAGCAUUUUCUUCCAACUGAACGACACCUCACUCAGCUCCAGAAGCAUGUUAUACACAGCAUGUCUAAGCUGAAUUUGGGUCCUGUCAAGGCGUUUAAUGUUAUGAAGACUUGUUUUGGUGGUUUUGAAGACGUGGGUGCAAGUAAAGUUGAAUUUAAGAACUAUAAGAGGCAAAUUAACUUGUUCAUAGGGGAAUAUGACGCCUAUAUAGUUGUGAAACAUUUGAAUGAAAAAAAACAAUCCCAGCCUAAUUUCGCGUAUGAUUACAUCACAGACGAAGAGAAUCGUUUGAAGGGUCUUUUUUGGUGUGACGGUCAAGCCAAACGUAAUUACCACGUGUUUGGUGAUGUGAUUUCGUUUGACGCCAUGUAUCGUUCCAACAAAUACUCUAUGGUGUUUGUACCGUUCACUAGUAUAGACAAUCAUCACUGCAAUGUUACAUUUGGUGCAGCAUUGUUGGCAUCGGAAACUGCUGAUACGUAUAUCUGGUUGUUAAGAGUUUUUCUAAAAGCUAUUGGUUCUCAACCAAAAGUUGUUGUCACUGACCAAGAUCCAGCAAUGAAGAAGGUUGUUUCUGUUGUAUUUGUUGACACGAGGCAUCGGUUAUGCAUGUGGCAUGUGAUGCAUAAACUUUCUCUGAAGGUUGGUGUUAGGCUAUGCAAUUCCACGAAUUUUAAAGAACGUAUUUGUGGUGUUGUGUGGAGGGAUAUUCGCACACCUGAAGAGUUUGAAUCAGAAUGGGAAGCGGUUAUCGCAGAAUUCAAUUUAGAAGAUAAUGACUGGCUAUCUGAUAUUUUUGCACUUAGGGAAUCUUGGAUCCGUGCAUACUAUAGAAUGGAGCAUAUGUCUGGUCUUAUGCGAACGACAUCCAGGUCGGAGAGUGAGAAUCAUUUUUUUGGUCAAGUGUGCAAUUCGAAAGCUACUCUUGUUGAGUUCAUGACGCAUUAUGAGACUGCAAUAGAAGCACAGCGUCACACAUAUCGUAAAAAUGAUCAUGAAUCUCGAUACAAAAGACCCCAGUUGAAGAGUAGUUACAAAUUGUUGGAAGGGCAAGUUGUUGAUAUAUACACAAAAAGUAUUUUUUGUGACGUUCAAGCUGAGCUUAUUGGAGUUGCGGAUUGCAUAAAUCAACGUUAUGAAGAUCAGCCUGAUGGGUUUGUUAAGUUUUACGUAAAUGACUUCCAACAGCCUUACGAACAUUCUAUGCAUGGCGUUAUAGAGAUAUUGUUUUUGGCGUUUUUCAGGGAAUUUCCAAAACAAUACAUUCUGAAUAGAUGGCGCAAAGAGGCCUCCCCAAACUGCUCUCCUGAAUUAUUAAUUAGUCGUGAAUAUAUGACCGAGCUUGAUCCUGAUGUGCAAAGUAUGAUGCGAGAGGAGCUAUCCUUAUACAAGGAUCAUGUUCAAUCUUAUACGAUGAAGGUUCAAGAUAUGCAGAUUGUUGCUCCUCCAGCUAGUUCUAGGGAUAGAUUUGCCAAGAUAACUGGUCAAUAUAAAAACGACAAGAAUCCGAUAAGAGUCCCUGAUCAUAUAAUGGCUGAAGAAUUCUACAACACGUUUUUCAACGCGUUUACAUCCGAGUCUUCUGAAAUCUCAACUGUUACGCCAAAAACCAUUACAAAAGCGAUAAAUGAGAACAUUAAACAUGACAACUUCUACGGCACACAUUCAAUACCACCAACUCUAGAAAGUAUUGAAGAUUAUACAUGGUGGAAAGAACGUUUCAUCAACUAG